GUCGAGGUUAUGUUUUUCUUUUGUUUAUUUAUUUACGUAGUGAAUUUCUUCUAAUGCCAGGUUAUUGAUUUAUGAGAGUGAUGGUGUGUGUGGAGGCGCGGUGUCUGCGUGGGCCUCGACCCGUCCUGGACGACGAGGCUGCCUCGGAGAACCGCGAACCAGGGCUGGGAAGUAUGGAAAACUCGCGACUCCUGUGGGCGCUGUGGAGGACCCGGGCGUCCCAGGAGGUGGAGGUGCCGGCCAACUCGCGACUCCUGUGGGCGCUGUGGAGGACCUGGGCGUCCCAGGAGGUAGAGGUGCCGGCCAACUCGCGACUCCUGUGGGCGCUGUGGAGGACCCGGGCGUCCCAGGAGGUGGAGGUGCCGGCCAACUCGCGACUCCUGUGGGCGCUGUGGAGGACCCGGGCGUCCCAGGAGGUGGAGGUGCCGGCCAACUCGCGACUCCUGUGGGCGCUGUGGAGGACCCGGGCGUCCCAGGAGGUGGAGGUGCCGGCCAACUCGCGACUCCUGUGGGCGCUGUGGAGGACCCGGGCGUCCCAGGAGGUGGAGGUGCCGGCCAACUCGCGACUCCUGUGGGCGCUGUGGAGGACCCGGGCGUCCCAGGAGACGGUGGUGGUGUCCGAUGAGGGUGCCCCGGACAAGACAAAGCCCGAGUCCUGGAGUCCAGAGGUGCUGCUGUUAUACACGUCAAUCCCCGUCGUCGUGGCAGUGGCAGCGAUCAUGGCGGGGCUGAAGCUGGCCGGCAUGGACAUCGUCGUGGAACCGCAGCGCCAGUGGGACGCCCCGUGGGACACCCCGUGGGACGCCCCGUGGGACGCCCCGUGGAAAGGCCCCUGGGGCGCCCCGUGCUUCGACCUCCCGGCGGCCAUGCAGCUGGCGGAGCCAGGGAGCUGCCAAGUCCACCGGCGCUUCACCCCUGGAUACGUCUGAACUCUGGGUGCCAGCUGUAGAGUGGAUUUUUUUUUAGUUAAAUAAAAUAUAUAUAAUUUAAAA